CAGCCCUGCAAAAUCUGCUCACUCAUUCACUCACUCAUUCAUUCAUUCAUUCACUCACGCACGGGAUGGUUCCACCACGCUUCCCUGCCACGGCACUGACGAAUCAGCUCCAACAACGAUUCGUCUCACUCUGGUUGGCACGAUCCGCCCUUCCACACAAGACAUCGCCCUGCGGGAUCACUGCUACCCGCUCAUCACAGCCGUACCGAUCCAACUUCGAUCGAUCCCAACCCACCCGGAUCCGUCUCUUUUCACACAGCUCGACAGCAACAUCAGAAUCCUCCCAUCAUGCGACUACGAACGCUACGACAGCGACCACCUCCAUACUCACACCUGAGGCAGCAGCAGUAUCCGGAGAGGUCUCUGAAGCGAUCACCAAAGUCAAGAAACCCAGCAAGCGCCAGAAGCCCGAUUGGACCCCUGAAGCAGACGCCCUUCUCUUGGAAUUACGCACGGUGCAGAACAGAAAAUGGCUCGAAAUUGGACAGCAACUCGGGCGCGAGCCCGCCACCUGCAUGACCCGCUUCGAAUCCACACUAAAUCCGACUUUGAAGGAUUUUUGGACCUCGGAACGGGACCAGGAACUGGACGCGCUCGUGACCGCCGCCAAGAGUUGGGCCGAGAUCGCACAGAUCAUGGGGGUGCACCGCUUGGCGUGCAUGGAACGAUGGCGACAGAUGGGCUUAGAGGGUCUGGCAGCUGCCGCGGUGCCUUCGAGCCAGAGUCAGGACGAUAAGGCAGCACUGCGUCAAAGGCGGAAGAAGCAAAGACAGCAGCGGCAAGAGCAGGAGUUUCAGAUCGAACAGCAGCGCACCAAUGCCCAGGAGCAGCUCCAAAGCGUGCGCGAGAUGGCGUCGAAUCUGCGGCUGGUCCAGCAGGUGGACAAGGAUUACGAUCGGUUGAGCUGGAAUUCGUUAUUGAGGAACGAGCAGCGGUACAGUCAUUAUCGGUCGUGGAAGAAGAAGGUGAAGCUGGAUGCGUUCUCGCAGCUGUAUUUGAUGAAUCCCGGCUGGUCUGCCAAGGAGGAGGCGGUGUUGAUUCAGUUUGUGUUGAAGCAUGGCUUGGACAAAUGGGAUGUCGUCGCUAGGCAAGGACUGAAGAGCAGGUUUACUCCGGAACAGUGUCGGAUCUGCUGGAAAAAUCUGGACAUGCCAGUGGUCACCUCGAUAAACAAUAGCGAUAAUUCUUCGCAGCAUCUGCAACGUGAAGGUACCAGCGAUUCUAACAACGGGCCGGAAUCGUCCUCAUCACCGGCAUCCUCAUCUUUGUCGUCGUCAAUCCCAUCACCUUCAUCAUCCUUGACGGACAAGGUGUUCGACUAUGAAGAAAAGAGCGGACCUUCAUUCUCGGACGAUAACGACUCAAAUGCCGUCACAGAUGCCGUACUCUCAGAAAACGUUCAAGCUAAUGCAGGUACCCAUGCGGCUGGGACGACCAAAGUAGCCAAGAGUCAGGCUUUCGUCUGGGAUAAGGAGCUCUCCGUACGUCUGCAAGCUGUGGUCCGUCAGGCAUACAAGUCUCGAGCAAUUCAUCUUGACGAAAUCAAUUGGCUAUGGGUUUCUCGACGCGUGCACCCAAAUGCGACGUCGCGCGUCUGCAAGAACCAUUGGAAGUAUUUGCACGACAACUCAAGCCAGGUGGUCUGGAAACACGAGGACAUCAAAAAGCUAGAAGAAGGAGUUCGGCUUCUGGGACCCAAGAAGUUGACGGCGAUUAGGGACCAUUUCCUGCCACACAUGACCAAGGAUGAUAUUAUUCGACAUUGGUUCCGCAUCUCUGAUAAGGCAACGAUACUUGACGAGGAAGAGUAUUAUCGGCUCUUACGUGCGGUCAAGGAUACAAUAGGCGAUACUGAGGGCAUGCAGGGCGGUCAUGAAGGAGCAGAGCAUCUUCAGAAUCAUCAAUGGACAGAGAUCGAAAAGAUCAUGGGACCUGGCUGGAAAAAGAUGCCCUGUAAACGCGUUUGGGAAAGCUCGUUCCAGUAUUUGAUCCGACAUACAAAUUGGACUCCGAACGAGGAUAAGAUGCUUCUGAGAAUGGUUACGUUCGUGGGCAGGGAUGACUGGUACUCGGUCGCGAAGGCGAUGCAGUCGGGCAAGUCUCCAUGGCAGUAUCGUCUCCGGUGGUGCCAGCUUCUCGACCCAAUCGAUCUGGACAUGAGCGAUCUUCUUGUCAAUGGCGAGAAGUACUACUAGAACCAAGACGAUCAAUCCAAUGCGAUUU